CCGAGUUAGCAGAGUUAAAUUUGAGCGAUGGGUCUCCAUCAAGUUAACCGUCGUCCCAACGGAGCCGAGAACAGAGGGAAUCGUCGAUCGAGACUCGUUGUAGUCACCGUUUCACAGCGCUAACCCUAACCCUAACAAUUCCUACAAUGAGAGAUCAGUCGGAGGAUCGAUUCAACAAUUGCAGAGAAGAAGAGAAGAAGAACGGGAACGGCAACGAGUUCGCGUUCUGCGAAGUCUGCAGGCUGAAUCACAACCAAGGCCGUGGUCACAAGUACUUCCCGAACCACGUCAAGUCUCUCUCCCCCUUCCUCUCUCGCUUCCAGAGCAAGCUCUCCGACGUCCGGUUCUUCCUAAAAAACCCUAGCCCUCUCCGCGCCGAACACGCCUCUCGCAAUCGGCUCUGGUGCGUCUUCUGCGAUUUCGAUGUCGACGAGGUCGGUAGCUCCUUUGCCUGUUCGAAUGCAAUUAGUCAUCUGGCCAGUGAGGAUCAUUUGAAGAACUUAAAGAGUUUUCUGUGGAAGAAUGGAGGUGGGAUGGAUCAAGUAGAUUCCUUUAGGAUUUCUGAGGUGGAUCUAGCUAAGUGGGAGAAAAAGUGCAGAUCAUUGAAAAGUGAAACUGCCGGUGAAGGAUCACACAGACCUUUAAUUGGACCCUUGAAAGAUAUCCACAAUGAAAUGAACUCUGAAUGUAUAGAUAGUUUGGAUAAAAAUAGUUAUUCCUUUUCUAGUUCGAGUUUUUCAAAACAUGUUAUGCCUUUACAAACUUAUACGAAUGAGAGGUACCAGGUUUCCAAUUCAGAACCACAUAAAGUCUCAGAUAAUCAUCGUGCUACUUUGUAUUUUCCCGUGGCCACAAGAUCUGAUACAAAUUCAUGGGAUUCAAAGGAUUUAACAGGUUACAUGGAUGGCCAACAAUCUUUCAUUUGUAAUGGUGAUAAAUUCUCCAGAAAUGGCUAUAUCUCUGAAGGAGGGACAUACCAGGCACGUCCAGAUGAGAGAAUGCUUAAUGAUGGGGGCAGUUCUCAAGGUUUGCAGAACCUCACUCAAAUCUCUUCAAUAGUUCAAGAAGCUAAAGGAAAUGUGCAUUCUGGAGCACCUCCUCCCUGGUUUGAUGCGUCUGAAGAAGAUACACUAAGUACUAGAAUAAAACCAGAAUUAAGAUCUAGUAACCUUGCUUCUCUCAACAAGCCAGGGAAGUCUCAAAAACUGAACCCUAAACGGGUGGGAGCUGCUUGGGCUGAGAGAAGAAAGGUCGAGAUGGAGAUGGAGAAGAGAGGAGAGACUGUUGCCAAUAAUUUUGAUUCCAACUGGCUCCCGAAUUUCGGUAGAGUUUGGCAAUAUGGUACCCGAAAGGAAUCUAGAAAAGAAUUUGAGGUGGAGAACAAAAACUCACCCAAGGCUACAAGUCAGUCAGAGACGUUGAUCAACAUACAGCCUUACGUUAGCAAACGGAUGCGAACAGAUGCCAGUAAAUAAUUCUUGUGACAAGUUUGCUGAUGAUGUUCAGAGAAUUGCUAACGGCAUUGAAUCUCAGGACCGACCAAAGGUGCUUGUUGAUUUCGAAUUGGAGACCGUGUGGGAUCAGAAUUUUGGACACAUCCACC